AUGGACGCUAUCAAGGACGCCUUUAAGGUGCAACCGUCUGUUUGGAACUUAGCGAAGGUGCACCAGAUCGUCCAUCUCAUUGAUGGCAUCACGCUUCGAGGGUUGCCGUACGAGUACUCCACGAACCUCUGGGAGCACACCCACAAGGGCACGGUGAAGGUCCCUGUGCGCGGGAGCAACUGGAAGGAUAUACCCCGACGCAUCGUAGAGGAGGAAGUGCAGAGGGAGAUCACGCGGGAGGUGGCGGCAUUAGCUGGGGGAGGACGGCAGUACGUCAGUGCCUUGCGAGAGGCUGUGAGGCAACAAACGUACGUGCUGACGCGGAGGUCACGGAGCGCUGACGUGAGCGACGAGGAGGACGCCGUGCUGUGGGUUUAUUGGGAGGCACUAGGAUCAGACAUGAAGGAGCUCGGCAGGUGCUUGGCAGAGGCAGGAGUGACGAGCACAGAGAUCAAGGUCCACACGACAUUGGCCAUUCCGUGA